AAAAAACGUUUUGCAUAAAUGAUGAAGAGAUGAACUCACUUCUUCCUCCAAUUCAUGAACUCAUUUCACACCGAGGGACAGGCAUAAAUUUGAUACUAAUACUAAAAAAAAAAAAAGAAAAACAUCAUCGGACUUAACGUAUUGUUUUUUUAAUUCGGCGGCUACUAAUCACAAUUAGGUAUUUACUCUCUCUCUCUCUCAAGGGUUUUCAUGUUCUUCUUCUACUUGGUUUAAUAAUUGUAUAUAUAUCCCCUCAGUUUCUUCCUAAUUAUUUUGAUCAAUUAUUUACCCUUCAAUCCUUCUUUUUAAUCUGCCCCCACGAUAUCGCCAUUUUCAUCUUCGACCGCCGUAACAGAAACAAUCACCAUGUUGAAGUUCAAUACGUGGCCCAACACAACCCCAACCCUAACCCUAUUCAAUCUCAACUGCUUACCUUCCCCACAACCAUCACCAUCCUCUCUACAUUUCGAUUCAAUCUCAUUCCAAGCCUCCUACCUCAUCAACAAUUUCGAUUUCUCCCCACAAUUAGCUUCCAAACUUUCCUCCACCUACCGUCUUGCUUUCAAAACCACCCAAAAUCCUGACUCUGUUCUCAACUUCUUCACAGAUUACGGUUUCUCUAAUUCCCAGUUACACCACAUCAUUGCCAAGGCACCAUGGCUGCUUUCCUGCAACCUCUCCAAAAGGGUCUUGCCAAAGUUUCUAUUUUUUCUCUCCAAAGGUGCUUCUAUCUCUGACAUUGUUAACCUUGUCAGCAGGAACCCUAUAGUCUUGAGUCCAAGCUUGGAGAAUCAUAUAGCCCCAACUUAUGAAUUGCUUUAUAGAAUCUUGCAAUCAGACAAGGAAGUUAUUGCUUCUGCAAUUCGCACUCCAAAUUUACUCUGUGACCAUCUUGUACCACGUAACAUUACAAUGCUGAUUCAGAAUGGAGUCUCUGACUCAAAUAUUGCCAGAAUUCUUCGAAACUGGAAUGGGAGUCGGACAUUGCAGAUGUCUGAGAUGAUGACUUUAUUGGAGGAAUUAAAAGAUUUGGGGUUUAAUCCUUCAAAAACAAUUUUUGGUGCAGCAUUGAUUGCCAAAACAUCAGUACCCAAAACCAGGUGGAACAAGAAAGUUGAUACUUAUAAGAAAUGGGGUUGGUCUGAUCAAGAUGUCAUUGAAGCAUUUAAAAAACAACCUUUUUGUAUGUUAAAAUCCGUUGACAAGAUUGAUUUAGUCAUGAAUUUCUGGGUAAAUCAAUUGGGCUGGGAUGCUAUGGCCCUUGCCAAACAACCCACGCUUUUUUGCUUAAGUUUGGAAAAAAGGAUCAUUCCAAGGGCCUCGGUUGUGCAAUUUCUUUUGAUGAAUGGUUUGAGAAAUAAGAGUGCAAGCUUAACUUCUCCAUUUGUACCGCCUGAGAAGGUGUUUCUUGAUAGGUUUAUAAAACGUUUUGAGAAGAAGUCGUCUUAUCUAUUAAACUUGUACGAGGAGAAACUCAAGCUUGCAUACACCGAGGACAAAAAUUGCAUCUCAUGAUUAGAUUUUCAGGUAUUUCAGACAUGCCGUAAUGUUGUUCCAUAUUUGUUUGGUACAGACUCUGAUUGGAGCUAGUUUAGGAGUAGGGAUUUGCUACCUUUCGGGAGGGAAAGUCACUAUGGUUUUCUCUCUGCCCCUUUCCUAUAUUAGCUUUAGUUACUUUUAACAAAUUUUGGGUUUCUUAUGAUUGAUAUUUAUUCAAAAUCCUUUGUUUAUCGACACCAUAUGAUUUGCCGGUGCUACAUGUUAAAGUUUAACUUUCUUGAAUAUUUGUUUUUGAA